AUGCCCACGGAGGAUGCCGAGAAGGAGCGAACCCCCGGCGCGGUGGCGGGCUGCCAGCGGUGUGNCGUCAAUGCGACGCCCGACAAGCCGAAGACGGCGGCUGAGCAUCGCAAGUCCUCCAAGCCCAUCAUGGAGAAGCGGCGGCGGGCGCGCAUCAACGAGAGCCUAGGACAGCUGAAGACGCUCAUCCUGGACGCGCUGAAGAAGGAUAGCUCCCGGCAUUCCAAGCUGGAGAAAGCCGACAUUCUGGAGAUGACCGUCAAGCACCUGCGGAGCCUCCAGCGAGCCCAGAUGACUGCUGCCCUGAGCACAGACCCCACAGUCCUGGGCAAGUACCGAGCUGGCUUCAGUGAGUGCAUGAACGAGGUGACGCGGUUCCUCUCCACCUGCGAGGGCGUCAACACUGAGGUGCGCACCCGGCUCCUGGGCCACCUGGCCAGCUGCAUGACCCAGAUCAACACCAUGAACUACCCUGCGCCCCCCCCGNACAGAGACACCGACCUGUUGCCGGCAAUUAUGGGCGGCAAGAUCGGGUGA